UUAGAGAGAGAGAGGGAGAGAGAUCAAACCAGAGGGAAAAAGUGACAGAGAAAGUGGUCUUCUUUGUCUGUUUCUGUCCGAAACUCAGGAACCCUAGCUAAUCUCUGAAUCUAUCAAGAAAGUUCUUGUUUUUAUACUCUUCUGAUUUUGCUACAUAACCAUUUGAGGAAAGCUAGAGAAGAAGAAGAAAGAUGAUGAGCUUAAGUGGAAGUAGUGAGAGAUCAAUAGAGAGGCCUCCAUUCACACCAACACAAUGGAAAGAACUGGAGCAUCAAGCCCUAAUUUACAAGUACAUGGUCUCUGGUGUUCCUGUCCCACCUGAGCUCAUCUUCUCCAUUAGAAGAAGCUUGGACUCUUCCUUGGUCUCUAGACUCCUCCCUCACCAAUCCCUUGGAUGGGGAUGUUACCAGAUGGGAUUUGGGAGAAAACCAGAUCCAGAACCGGGAAGAUGCAGAAGAACAGAUGGUAAGAAAUGGAGAUGCUCAAGAGAAGCUUACCCAGAUUCCAAGUACUGUGAAAAACACAUGCACAGAGGAAGAAACCGUGCCAGAAAAUCUCUUGAUCAGAACCAGACAACUGCUCCUUUAAAAUCACCGUCUCUCUCUUUCCCCAACAACAACAACCCAAGCCCCACCUUGUCUUCUUCUUCUUCUACUUCCUCUACUUAUUCUGCUUCUUCUUCGUCUCCUUCAAUGGAUGCUUACAGUAACAGCAAUAGGUUCGGCGUUGGUAGUAGUAACACUAGAGGUUACUUCAACAACCAUUCUCUUGAUUAUCCUUACCCUUCUUCUUCACCUAAACAACAACAGCAGCAAACUCUUCAUCAUGCUUCUGCUUUGUCACUUCAUCAAAACACUUCUACUUCUCAGUUCAAUGUCUUAGCCUCUGCAACUGACCCCAAAGACUUCAGAUAUUUGCAAGGGAUUGGAGAGAGAGUUGGAGUUGGGGAGAGAACAUUUUUUCCAGAAGCUUCUAGAAGCUAUCAAGAUUCUCCAUACCAUCAUCACCAACAACCGUUAGCAACAGUGAUGAAUGAUCCGUACCACUGUAGCACUGAUCAUAAGGUUGAUCAUCAUCACACAUACUCAUCGUCGUCAUCAUCUCAACAUCAUCAUUAUCAUGAUGAUCAUCGACAACAGCAACAACAACAACAACAGUGUUUCGUUUUGGGCGCCGACAUGUUCAACAAACCCACAAGAAGUACUGUCUUCGCAAACACAUCGAGACAAGAUCAUCAAAAUCAAGAAGAGGAGGAGAAAGAUUCAUCGGAAUCGAAGAAGUCUCUUCAUCAUUUCUUUGGUGAGGACUGGGCGCAGAACAAGAACAGUUCAGAUUCUUGGCUUGACCUUUCUUCCCACUCAAGACUCGACACUGGUAGCUAAUUAAGGCCAGAUAGCAUCAAUGAUGGAUCUGCACCAGCACACACAAGUUCGAAAUGUUGAAGGGUCACAUUUCACAUCUAUUUCCGUGGAACAUUGAGACAAGACACUGUUUGCAGAGACCUAUAUCUUUACAUUUAUGUAUCUCUCUCUCUCUCUCUCUAUCUCUCUCUAUGUGUGUGUGUUUGUUAGGUCCAUCAAGAAAAGUGAUCCGACAUAUAUAUCUGUGUGUGUUUCUCUUGCUUUCUCCGGCUACUAUUUUCUUCCAAGAUAUCGUUUUUAUUUUACUGUAGCUGAAAGCAACAAAAGGAAACGUGACUUUUGUGAGGGGCUAAUGCUACAUAUGUAUAUUGGUUUCUUUCUU